AUGGCAGACGAAUCAGCAGUUAGCGCAGCGAUGGGAUUUGCAAGAUUAGCACAUGCGAACGCGGCGUGUGAAAUCCCAAUUGAUAGUGUAGUGUAUGAUGGCAGCAACGGUAUGUUGGAUCUCAGCGGGCAAUUUGUGGUGCCACGUCUUCCAAUUAGUAAGGGUAUCGACGAGGAGGCUAAAUUGAUUCCAGGUCGUCUUGCGUGA